UGGCCACGCCUCUUUUAUGUUUAUAUCACGUGACCAAGACAUGUGACCAGGUAAUUCUCCGCGCAAUCGUCGGGUGUUCUGUCUUUUCCAGCUCUGUUCUGCCGUCCGUCGCUGCAGUGAAAGAUGUUGUGCCGAGUCCACCAUCAGAUCGUCUACUACACGGCGAUCGUCGCCAUAAUCUGCGUGGCUCUCUACUAUAACCUGGUGGGGCUCGGUAGCCAGGUGGAUAUCGGCUGGUUCCUGCAGAGCACGAGUCCCUACAUGUGGGCAGGUGUGGGAGCUGGUCUCUCUGUCUCGCUCUCCAUCAUUGGAGCUGCUUGGGGGAUCUUCCUCACUGGGGUCAGCAUCAUUGGGGGCGGGGUGAAGGCUCCCCGGAUCAAGACCCGUAAUCUCAUCAGCAUCAUCUUCUGCGAGGCCGUCGCCAUCUACGGGAUCAUCAUAGCCAUUAUUCUGGUUCAGAGGCUCAAGUCGGUCGGAGACGACUCCCUAUACUCAGACUAUGGAACCUACUCAAAGUCUGCGACCUUUGCAGGAUACUCUCUGUUCGGUGCCGGACUGAGUGUCGGGUUAACUAACAUUGCUUGUGGUUUGUCUGUGGGUCUGGUGGGGAGCGGAGCUGCUCUUGCAGACGCCCAGAAUCCCGCGCUCUUUGUGAAGAUCCUCAUCAUCGAGAUUUUCGCCAGUGCCAUUGGACUGUUUGGAGUUAUAGUUGGUAUAAUUCAGGCAACGAAGGCCAGCUUCCAGUAGGGUCUACUGUGUCUCAUGUUCUGUUCUUUGUAGGUUGUCACUUUUGUAUAGGCACAGAGUGUAGGUCAUUCACCAAAUGUGUGUCCUCUAUUGUAAGGUGUGUGAGUGAAAUUAUCUUCUGAAAAAGAACCAUGUUCACAGACUGUGUGACAAGUGUUAGUGAGUAUAUAUGCAUAGACACUGCAAUAUAUGAUGCAGUGAUGAUGUAAUGUGAUUGGUUGGUGGGUGACAUCAUCACCAGACAGGUCUAUGGGGAGGGGAGGUGGGUAGGUCAGCAAACUGUAGUUCUCUUAGCCCCUCAACAACGAUCCUAAUCCUGGCCUUCACCUGGCAGGCCUGUGCUGUCAGCUCCUCAGCUUUCUUGUUGAGCCCUGCCACCUUCUUCUCGAUGAACUGCAGAGCCUCAGAGCGAGUGAGUUCGACAAACACCCCAAACCCAACCGCCACACACAUGUGCUGUGGGUCUGGCACCAGAGCCUGGGAAUAGAAGUUGCAGCCGAGGUCCACCAUAGUCUUGAGGACUCCCUUUCUCUCUGUCCCUGCAUCCAGUCUCUCCAGGACCCGCUGCAGCUGGAGGUACUCUGCAAUGUCAGCGUACACCAAGUCCCGACUGUCCAGCAGAGUCUGCAGGUCUGUCUUGAGUCUGUUGUUGAGAAACCUCUCGUACUCUGCCACCUUCUUUGGGAGGUCUCCCCUCACUCCCGAGGCCUCUCUGCCAUUCCCCAACACCCCUCCCUCCUCUUCCAUCAUUAGUGAUUCAGAUUAUUUCCCCUCACGUCAACGUUUUUGGGGAUAAAUUCCUGCAAGUGAAUCAGUUGGGUGUCAGGCAAGCGGAAAGAACAACCGGCACCCAUUGGCAACAGCGAGAGAGGAGGAUGUCCGGACCGG